AUGGCGACGUGCCUUCGCUACUCAUCGCUCUCUCGCGCUCUCCUCCUUCCUUAUCUCCAACGCCGAACAGAAACCUUAUGCGAGCCCAUCAGAAUCGUCUGGUUCAGUUCAACCUUGAACCAGCCCAAACCUCCUUCAGUUACAGUUCGCAGUCAGGCCAAGCGUGGAUCCUUUUUCAAACAAGACCAACUAGGAGCAACUUCAAGUGAUCUUGAAUUCGAGGCACCAUUAAAAAUCGUGGAAUAUCCAGAUCCUAUACUCCGAGCCAAAAACAAGCGAAUCCAUACUUUUGAUGAGAAUUUAAAGAAAUUAGUUGAUGAAAUGUUCGAUGUCAUGUACAAAACUGAUGGUAUUGGGCUCUCGGCACCGCAGGUGGGAAUGAAUGUUCAACUUAUGGUAUUUAAUCCGGCUGGUGAGCGUGGUGAAGGAGACGAAAUUGUUCUUGUUAAUCCCAGAGUUAACAAGUAUUCGAAGAAAACUGUGCUCUUUAAUGAAGGCUGCCUAUCCUUUCCUGGGAUAUAUGCAGAUGUACAGAGACCAGAAUCCGUAAAGAUUGAUGCAAGGGACAUUAAUGGUGCAAGGUUUACUGUCAACUUGUCUGAUCUUCCUGCACGGGUUUUCCAGCAUGAAUUCGACCAUUUGCAGGGGAUCCUGUUCUUUGAUAGAAUGACUGAAGAAGUUAUUGACAGUAUUCGGGCAGGGCUACAGGCCUUGGAAAAGAAGUACGAGGAUAAGACUGGAUUCCCCAGCCCUGAAAGAAUAGAAACACGCAGAUUGAAGAAGGUCGCUGAAGGUUUUGGAAAAUCAUGA